AUGUCUUACGGUUGCUUCUAUCUACAGGAUGCAGAUGGCCAAUUUGUGAGAAAUUCUUUGCCUCAGAUUGGACUGGAUGCGCACGCAAAUAUUAUCACUACCAACUCGCGAACAAUUUUCACGCAGACCUUCGUGAAUCCUUCGUCCACAGAAUCCAUUUCUGAAGUAUCCUACUCAUUCCCGCUUUAUGAAAGCUCGAGUAUUGUCGGCUUUACUUGCCACAUAGGUGACAAUGUCAUCGAAGGUACGGUCAAAACAAAAGCGAAAGCAAAUGAAAUCUACGGAGAAGCAAAAUCCCAAGGCAAGUCUGCUGCUGUCCUCGAUCGCUCGGUCAGUGCUGCCGAUGUCUUCAGCACACGACUAGGAAAUAUUCCCGCCGCAGGUUUUGUUAUCAUUGAGAUUACACUCAUCGGAGAGCUGUCUCAGGAUUCUCAAACCGAUGGGAUUCGGUACACUAUCCCUUCUUUGAUUGCACCUCGAUAUGAAAGUCAAAGUGCCAGCCAGGAUCCACCAGAAGGUUGUCUUCUGAGAACAUCCAUCGUAGUAGAUGUUCUUAUGGAAAAAGGCUCCCAUGUUCGCAACAUACGUUCACCGGGCCAUCCAAUUCAAGUUGAGUUGGGCCGCGUAUCAACCAUGGAGGAAUCUACAUUUCAGUCAUGCCUCGCCUCUGUGAAACUUCAAGAGAAUGUAGUCCUUCACGAGGACUUCGUCAUCACUGUCAACGCAGAUAAACAAGACCUGCCCUUUGCUCUCCUAGAGACACAUCCUACUUUGCCAGACCAAAAGGCAUUGAUGGUCUCGCUGGUACCAAAGUUCAGUCUACCACCGGACUCCUCCGAGAUCGUAUUUGUCGUCGAUCGCAGCGGAAGCAUGGCGGACAAGAUAUCAGCGCUGCGAUCGAGUCUGGAACUUUUCCUCAGAUCCUUUCCAUUGGGUGUACCUUUCAAUAUAAUAUCUUUCGGCUCUAGGCAUGAAGCAUUAUGGUCACGAAGCAAGACGAGCAACAAUGAAAGCCUUGGGGAAGCCCUCAAGUACACAAAGAGCUUUAAAGCCAAUAUGGGAGGCACAGAGAUCCAAGAGGGGCUCCAGACAGCCGUGAAGAAUCGCUACCUAGACAAAUUUCUCGAGGUUCUGGUCCUCACUGAUGGCGCAGUUCGGAAUCAAUCUCAAAUAUUUGAUCUUGUCAACCAAGCGAACCAAAACCAUUCUGCAAGGUUCUUCACUCUCGGCCUCGGGAAUUCUGUAUCCCAUUCUCUCGUCAACGGUAUAUCCAGAGCUGGCAAAGGAUUCUCACAGACUGUCCUCAAGAAUGAAGAUAUGAACAAGACGGUAGUCCGGAUGUUGAAGGGCGCAUUGAUGCCAAGACUUCUUGACAGCAGGCUGGAUAUGAAUAUUCCCAAUCUUGAAGAGGAUUUCGUGCAGUUUGAAUUGCCCGAAAGUGAUAAAAAGGAAACAGAAGCUACCUCGAAGCUGAUCUCUCUGUUUGACCAGAGCCACGACGAUGAGAAGGAGAUUGGGGAUUUGAGUGAGCCUCUUCCAGAAAUUAAUAUUCCGAGAAUACUACAAGCUCCAGCCGACCUCGCGGGUCUUUUUCCCUUCGUGCGCUCAAACAUCUAUCUUCUCCUCUCGCAUGCUUCCGAAACCUUCCCAGAAACAAUCACCCUUCGUGCCAAUAGCAAGCAUGGUCCUUUGGAGCUAGAGAUCCCAGUUCAGGAUAUUGGCAAAGGGCAAACAAUCCAUCAGCUCGCUGCCAAAAAAAUCGUCACCGAGGUCGAAGAGUCCCAUGGCUGGAUCUACUCUGCAAAAGACACCCAAGGCAAGCUAAUUACGAACAAAUGGGAGAGCCGAGUCAACGAGCUGAACCAAAGAGAAUGCGAGCGAUUAGGAGUCAAGUUCCAAGUUGCAGGGAAACACUGCUCAUUCGUUGCGAUACAGGAUGAGAGCCCACUGGAUUUAAGCAAUCAUAGAUAUGUCGGCUUACGGGGACUAAGGGGUCUUCAAGCUGACCGCAGAAUGGUGGAUCAUGGAGAUUUCAAAAAUACCAAGAUAGAUUGCGCGAUCAAGAUGAACAAGACCAGAAGGGUGCCUAGUUUUGGCUUUGCUAGUCGGGUAAUGGCAAAAGUUCGAGAUGUCCGCUCCCUCUUCGCCAGUGCCUCCUUUGCGUCUGCAGAAUCUGUACUUUCGGGUCCACCAUACGGUGGUCCCAGCCCUGCUUACGCCCCCUCGAGCCCGGCAUAUUUGCCGACAAGUCCAGCUUAUUCACCGGCUAAUCCACAGCCGGAUCUCGGAUCCGACGAUAAGGAAGAAGACGCUGGAAGCGUGGAGUACAAACUCUUUAGCCUACAGAGCUUCGAGGGCUACUGGGAAAUGAGCGAUCAUCUACUCCAGACUAUGGGUCUUGAUCCAGUCAGCACCCGGGACAAGAUACACAGCGAUUACGAGGAACUGAAGGGAGCUGAGGCGGGCGAGGUGUCCCGUCUUGAAGUAUGGCAUAGUCUACUGGCUACGUCCCUUGUGUGUCUUUUCUUAGAACACGAGAAAUCUGAGUCUAAAGAGGUCUGGGAGCUGGUGAAAGCCAAGGCAGAUGGCUGGGUGCAAAUUGAAGUGGACGCGCUUAGCCCUGCCGAUCGACGGGUUGUAACGAAAGUCAUAGAUGGACUGGCAUCUUUUUUUGGGACUUCAUAA